AUGAUAGUCAUAAAAAUUAUAUAUAUAUUUCAGGAAGGCUAUGGCAUAAGGAUAGCAGGAGUACAUAUAGUGUCACCCUCGAAAGCAGUCGAAGCACUCGUUAAAAUAAUAAAGCCUUUAUUCGGACCAAAAGUGUCACAACGAAUCCACGUCCACGCAACAAUAGAGGCUCUAUAUGAUUAUGUACCUAAAAAUAUAUUACCUUCUGAACUUGGAGGGAACGAGGAAUCUAUAGCUGUGUUAAAAGAACAAUGGAAGGAUCUUCUUGGCACUAAAGAAAACGUCAAUUACAUGCAAGAGAUGAGCAAUGCUGUGUCCAACGAAGCGUACAAAAUAAAAGAUAAAUACAACUUGGAUGGUGCUGGAACCUUUAGGUCUUUAAGUGUUGAUUGAUUAUAUUAUUUUUGUAUUGAU